AUCAAGCAUCGAAUACAUCAAGAGAUUGGUCUACCUGUGGUGCAAUCUGAAUGUUUCAUUGAAAUCGAGAGGGUUGAAAAACAUGGCGCGUGGCGUUUGAAUCCCAUCUCAUAAGAUUGUCUAGCGAGAUUACAGAGGAUGCAUCUUAUAUCCUACCAUUACCGCACGAUACUUAAACUCCUUUUUGCCCUUACACUAUUUCUUUAUGUCAAAUUUUGGUUCCAACUGGGAAGUCAUAGUUUUGGGGUGCUUCAAUCCAGAACUAUCAAGGAAUACCACCCCUCCGAUUACGGUCAGAACAAAGCCACCAUUAAAUUUGUGACUUACAAUAUGUGGUGUAACUAUUUGGUAUCUUGUAAAGCAAACUACCGUGAGCGCUUCGAGGGGUUAGCUGCCGGAGUACAAGAAUUUGAUGUUGUUAUGGUACAGGAGGUGUUUAUUUUACAAGUUGGUCCGGUUGAGUUCACUGGUUGUGCCUCUGCUAUGGUCGAGGCCAUGGAAAGACAUGGGUUCCAUUACCGAACCAGUUUCACUGAUACUGUACCCCACAUUUUUGGUCAAUCAAAUGGAAUUGCAAUCUUUAGUAAAAUACCUUUCCAUUAUACAAAAUCUGUUGUUUUCAAAGAUGCUGCAUUUGCUGAGAGAGUGAACAAUAAAGGAUUCGUAUUUGCAGAGAUGAAAAUAUCUGGGAAGCAAGUAUUUGUUUUCAAUACUCACACUGAUGCACACAAAGAGGAAAUAAGAGCUGCACAAAUGGAACAAUUGAGAAAAACAGUUUUGAACCUACCCAAGUCUGCAUAUUUUAUUGUUGGCGGAGACUUCAAUAUCAAUCCAAACUAUCCUCCCUUGGAUGGUAAUGAGAAAGAGUAUCUCAACUUAAAUGAAAAAAUGAAAAAGAUGCGCCUUGUUCCUGUAUUUACGGAAAGAAAUGCAACCCAUCUCAAUGGUGGGUCCUACGAUUAUGUCUUUAUUGAUCAAAAAUUCAAAGUCCAGGAUCACAAGGUGAUUAACCUUUUAACUAAGAAUCAUGGGAUGGUGUCAGAUCAUUAUGGCCUAUACAUAGAAAUAGAACUUAUGGAGAAGUAGCUAUAGUUAUGCAGAUCCGGAUCCGGAUCCCUGGCUAAAAAUUAGAUCGACUUGACCAACUGUCGCUGGCAUUGGCAUAUGAGCUCAUUAAUGAGCUCGGAUAAGAAAGGAGGCUAUAUGGGAAUAGCAAAGUUAUCACCGGAUGCCCAAUAUCGAGGAUGCUGCCUUUAUUCACUAAUCUAGUUAUUUGCCUUUUAAGUUUUUCAACAACUCACCUGCAUAAUUCCUUUAAAAUUGCGUUGUGAUCGAUGCACUUGCACCCUAAAAUAAAAAGCGCAAACGGGAAGAUUUUUUUGCAAAAUUUGCUAGGUUGUACGAUAGGAUACGCAAUAGUGUCGAUCGACAGGAUGGAGGUCUGUAGGCGUUUUAUGGCAGAACAACCAUGGCAGAUGCCGUUAUCUUCUUUUCUAGUAUUCCUUCCAGAAGAGGAACUGUUAUGCUUUUGGUUUUCUGUAAUUUUAAAACUUUAAUAAGUAACACAAUUUUCACAAACAGGAAAAAUAGAAAUAUUCUCGAAAUUGUGUAGAAGAAUUGGCAACAUGAAAUAUGUCUACCUUAAAA